AUGGAGACCUUUGCCCACAAAAUCGUCGAUGACUCCAUGAACAUGAACCCCAGCGGAUCCGUAUUCGUCUACACGCAGUCAGACCAGCUGGUGACGAUUAAUCAUCUCGAAUAUGGUCGUGCUACUCAUCGCGCUGCCCAUUUGCUCCGUCCUGGCAAUGUUGGAAAGGACGGGGAUGUCGUGGCUAUCAUCGCUUUGUCUGACACCAUACUGUGGCAAGCUGUAAUAGUGGGGCUUAUUCGGGCAACUCAAACUCCUUUCCCCAUCUCACAUCGGAAUUCCCCACCUGCCAUUGCCCUACUCAUCGUGAAAAACGCAUGCCACAGAGUUCUUUCCACAUGCAUUACCCUUCGCUCUCUCAUUCAAGCCACCAAAGAAGAGAUAAGCAAGCUUGACUCUGACUUCGUGGUUGACUUCGAGGAAAUGCCGUCAAUUCAUCAACUCUAUCCGCACCUUGGAAUCGAAACGGCUCAAGACAUCUGCGAGCUGUAUCCGACUGAAAGUGCCUUCAAGUUAGACGAUGUCUGCCUUAUUCUGCAUUCUUCCGGCUCGACGGGGUUCCCCAAGCCCAUUCUGCAUUCUCACCGAGGAAUAAUGCAGCGUGCCAAUCUUGGCCAAGUAACGGAAAUGCGAAAUUACUUCUCUCACCCCAUCGCAACCAUGCAUCUGCCUGCAUUCCAUCUCGCGGGCCUGAUUGGACAUCUCCUGCAACCCAUCUUCGCCAACAUUCCAGCGGCUGUAUUCCCACCAACUGCGAUGUCUCGAGAGCAGGUCCCCAUGAUACCAACGCCAGACAACAUCCUGCAUCACGCCCAGCAAACAAAUUGCAAGGUCAUAUUCACCUUUCCAUUUCUGUUGAUCGCGUGGGCAAAAUCUCCAGAGUCAAUGGAGCUUCUGAGAAAGUAUGAACUGGUCUGCUAUUCCGGCGGUUUUCUGCCCCCUCGCAUCGGCCAACGAUAUGUGGAGGCGGGCAUCAACCUGCGAAGCGUUUACGGAAUGACCGAGUUCGGGAGCAUCAGCUCUCUUCUCCCCUUGCCUGGAGACGAAUUGGACUGGGAAUGGUUCCGUAUUCUGGAUCGCGCAACAGUGCGUUGGAUACCUCGUGGCAAUGAGACCUUUGAAUGCCAUGUUCUGACAACGUCAAAUCAUCAGCCUAGCGUGGAAAAUCUUGACGGUGUCAAAGGAUUUGCCACAUCUGACCUCUUUAUGCAGCACCCAACGAAGAAACAUCUCUGGAAAAUGUUGGUUCUCGGUCGGGCAAACGACGUCAUUGUACACACAACGGGGGAGAAAACGGUGCCUCAACCCAUCGAAGAGAUCAUCAACAGCAGUGCCCUUGUAAAUGGUUCUGUGAUGUUUGGCCACGGCCAUGACUGUACUGGGAUCCUCAUCGAACUGACUCCGCAGUAUCAAAUUGAUAUUGAAGACCCAGUGCAAGUUGCUGAGCUCCGCAACAAGCUCUGGCCGAUUAUCUCUGAAGCCAACGACAUUGCACCCAAGUUCAGUCGUAUUUUCAAGGAAAUGAUCAUUAUUGUGGGGUUAGUAAAGCCUUUGCCGCGAGCCGCGAAAGGAACGGUUAUGCGGGCUGCUGCAUUGGAAGUAUAUGCAGAAGAAAUCGAGGCCAUUUAUGAAGCCAUCGCCGCUCACUCGAUUGCCUCCGAAUUCCCUGUUGUUCCAACAAAGGCUUCAAUUUCAUUGUGGCUUGUUCAACUCGCGUCUGAUCUUGUACCCCAAGCAAUCAUGCCCGAGAGCAACAUAUUCGAGCAAGGAUUCGAUAGCCUCAGCGCGACUAUUCUUCGUCUACGUGUCAUAGCCGCGCUGAAAAGCAACCCAAACCUUGUCUACACAUACCCAGAGAUCUUGGGACUAGCCUCGUUCCUCGUCGACGCAAUUUCCGGCCUCGUUGAGAAGCAAAACACAUCUACCCGUAUCCAAGCACUCUUCGACCGGUACACAGCGAAUCUAAUCCCCUCUUCUACGACUAUCGCCAAUGUGGAAAUUGUAACAGUCCUCUUGACCGGUUCAACUGGAGGCCUGGGCUCAGAAAUACUGUCACAAUUACUCCAAGAUCCGCGAAUCACAAAAAUAUAUGCGUUGAAUCGGCCCAUGCACACCAAAGGCUCCUUGCAACGACAGGCCGAUGCGUUCCACGUGCGUGGACUAGACAUAACUGGCUUGAAUGCACAGAAGCUCGUGUUCAUUGAGGCUCAUGCCCAUGAGCCUGACCUGGGCGUUGAUGUUGGGCUGUAUAAAGAAUUAAAAGCCUCUGUUUCUCAUAUAAUCCACAACGCCUGGUCAAUCGACUUCAAUGCGUCGUUGGCCUCUUUCGAGCCUCAUCUCCAAGCUACGCGAAAUCUAGUCGAUCUCGCACUCUCCGGAAAACGAACACCUUGUUUUUUGUUCAUGUCGUCCAUCAUGUCUGCCUUUUCAUGGGACUUCGGAAGAGGACCUUGUCCCGAAGAUUUCUUGCCGUUGUCGGAUAUCGAGACGUGUGAUUGUAGCUCGAGCACGGGAUAUGGGGAGAGCAAGUUCGUCGCGGAGCAGAUCGUUCGUUGCAAGCGAUUUAAGUGGCAGUUGUGUACGGUUGGGUCAAAUAUGUGGCUCUCGCUCAACAGGCGCAUGGACAACGACGGAUUGGCUGCCGAUCUUGGGGUGAGUGAUUCAAUCCAACUAAAACCCUUACUUACUCCGGAUGAGAAUGUUGAUUGGAUUGACCCGUAUACCUGUGCAACCAAGGUUGUAGAGUUGCUAUUUGCAACAACGCCGUCCGCACCCGCCAUGCACAACUUUGUACACCCCCAACCUGUGGCAUGGGCUACUGUGGCUCAGUUUUUAUGCGAGGCUAUCGCCUUGCAGUUUGACAAGACACUGGAGCUAAUUCCGUUUGACGAUUGGCUCGCGGAGCUUGAAAAGCUCGGUCUCCAAGGCGCAAUUGACAGAAAGGCUCUGGUCAGCACCUAG